AUGGCCUCCUGGUCAUCAUGGUCUAACAGCGACUCCAGCAACAGCUGGGACAACAGACAGCAAUGGAAUCGGUGGAGCAAAGAAGACAAAUGGGACUCCAAAUACUCUGAGAAAUCGUGGGAAUGUGUAGCCAGCCCCACAUAUCAAUCUUUUUCUUUGCCGUCGUCUUUUGUUUCCGAUCAGCAGCACUACGACAAGACCCCUUUGGGCAAAGGUGCCCAUGUGCUGCACAAGUUGGUUCAACCGACAGAGUGGUCUCGCAAAGCUGGGUUAGCUGGCCGUGAUGUCAGUGACAUCCGUGCCUAUGAGCUUUCUCAUCGAGGCCUUGGAGAUUUCUCAUUUCGGUUGCUGUCGGAAGGACGGCAUCAGAGUAUCGUAUGGGCUCGAAGCGGCCAAGAAUCGGUACUCAUUACGGCAUUGUUGAAGAAGCUUCGCGAGAGUGGUGUUUCUAUUGAUGAGGCAGCAAAAGCUUGUCAUAGCUCUGCUCCUCCGGACAAGCACAAGGAGGCAAUGCGAUUCAUGGAACCGCUUGCUCAAGAACUUCUGAAUUGUGUUUUGGCCAAAGUGCCUCCAACAAAUUCGGAUGCCUCUGAAGAGCUCGCCAAAGCAAAAGCCAAACUGGCUGAGCAUGGCAUUGCAAUGUCCCCUUUGAAGAGGAAGGCAACUGAAGAUCCUGAGCCAGGCUCAGAAAGACGGGCAAAGCCCGCCAUGCCUAUUGCUGAGCCGGAAUCCCAAAUGGAAGCUGAACAGCUCCUUAAGGACCCACAACGAAAGCUGGAUACGCGCCCCAAAGGAGCCACAGAUGACCAUGUCACUGAAUGGCUGGCCACCUACAAGAACAAGCCAGAGUUUAAAGGCAAGUACCAGUUGCUGGUUAAGCAUGUACAGACUGUUCAGAAGCUUCUCAAAACUGAAGCAUCUAAAGAUCAACUGGUUUCAGCCGCCAAAGAGUUCGGACUGGAUCCGAAGCUGGCAUCCAGACUGUCCAUCAAGAAUUUGUCUACUACUAUUCGACAGAAGCUUCAGCAGUUCCGGGUACAUCCUGCCACCUACACGUGGCCAAGAUUUCAAUCUCAGAAUGCGGUGUACAUGAAAACAGCAGUGGACUGGAAGCUGGCAAGCGGAGGUGAAGCUCAGGCCGAGCUAGCCAUCCGAAAGAGGGCUGUGGAGCAUCUGGGCUUCAUUGCUUGCGUUUCAAGGCACUUCCGCGGCGUGAAUGCAGAAGUGUGGAAGUAUUUGCAGUCUCGCCACGGAGGAGGGCCCGAAAUCCUUCGAAUUAAGCAGGUCAAGCUCUAUGUUGAGACUGCUACGCCCACGCCGAAUGUGUGGUCCAGGGGCCCUCGCAUCUCAAGUGCCCUUGCCAUGGUAAAAUCGUCCUUCACGGGCUCUCCGGCCAUUGCUCCGAUGUGUUCUCCGGUAAAGAGCAAGCCCAUGGCACCGGCAGCGGCGCCGCCUUCGCAGGGCAAGGUGACCUGCGACAAGUGCGAUGGACCACAUGCCACGGAGAAUUGCCCGCAUUUCAAAAAGCCCCGCGAGAAGCAUCCGGAUGCCUGGUGCUUAAAGGGCAAGGCAAAGCUCGUCGGCGCAGCCGAGUCGGAGGCAAAGUUCGUUAGCCGCGCCCGCGUUGUUCGCCAGCCGGGGGAUGGCUCAUGCAUGUUCCACUCGGUGUCGUAUGGACUUGGCGACGGAAGCACAGCCGGGUCACUGCGUAAGAGCGUGGCGGACACCAUCGCCGCAUACCCCAACAUGCAAAUCCUGGAGACACCCGUAGCAGAGUGGAUCCGGAUGGAUGCCAACGUCGAUGUCAGCUCGUAUGUCCAAAGCCUCCGGGGCGGCGCCUGGGGCGGCGGAAUCGAGCUGGCCGUCGCCUGGGUCGCUGCGUCUCGAGCACUUCUCGAGACCAGGAAGGCGGUGUACUCGGAGUGCUGGUUGAGGUUCAGAUCUGGUGUUCUGAUGGACUUUGCCAUCCUUAUCCACGCAGACUUGCGUUUGCAGAUCGUUGUGAAGACUCCCCCACUCGAAUCCGGCGUGCAUGCUGUGGACGUGGAGCAUGCCCCGGCAGAGGCUGCAUCGGCAUCAGCGGAGGAAGUCUGCCAUCCUGCCCGCCCAGUGUCCGUUGGCGGCCGCUCUCCCGCCUCGGGCCAGCUCCUGCAGGAGAAUGGAGGCCAGAGUGGGGAGGCGGCGCGGCCAGCGCGCUGGCAUCAUGGCAAGGCCAAGCCUCGCCCCGCGAACCGCCGAGGGCAAGGCGGCGGGGCCGGUCGCGCCACGGGCAAGGACAAGGGUAAGGGUGGUAGGGGAGGAGGAGCCUGA